UCCUUAUUUUAUAAGUUGAUUUUCCGUGUUCACUUCUGCCUGGUAUAGUUCACAAGCUGAAUCUGCCCGUGAAUCGCUUUAUAAAGGAUAAUAAUAGAUCAGUCAUGUCGAGUAACGCCGAAAACGAAGCCAGUCAAGUUUUAACCUCAAAACCGUUUAAAACUCUGGAGGAGCUUUAUGCCGGCUUGAGUAAUUUAACGCUCUGGCCUGAGAUCCGAGAUUUGCGAAAAUCGGCGGAAUAUGUUUACUCGGGAAUAGAUAUCAACGAUGUGACGAAACCGUUGACCAAAUGUAACCGAAACGAGAAACCGAAGACCCUUGUGUGUCAUGAUAUGAAAGGCGGCUAUCUCGAUGACAGGUUCAUCUUUGGAUCGGACGCCCAUGAUUCGUACGUUUUUUACCACUGGAGCGGAGUGGACAGCUUCAUCUAUUUCAGCCACCACUUAGUGACCAUACCACCUUACGGUUGGAUCAACGCAGCACAUACUCACGGUGUCAAAGUUCUUGGAACGGUUAUAACGGAGUGGAAAGAUGGUGAGAGAAUAUGGAAAGAAAUAUUCAGUUCCGAAGCAGAAAUAAAGAGAUUUGCCGACGCUCUGGUAUCUCUUGCCACAUUUUACAAAUUCGAUGGGUGGCUAGUUAACGUGGAAAAUAAGAUCGACGAAGAUGAUGUGGACAAAUUAAUAUUCUUUGUCAAAUACCUUACUGACAAUAUCCACGCUGCAAUUGAAGGUUCGGAAGUUAUUUGGUAUGAUAGCGUUACUAUGAAAGGGGAACUCAAGUGGCAGAAUGAGCUGAACGAUUUAAACAAAUGCUUUUUUGAGGUGUGUGACGGCAUAUUCUUAAACUACAAUUGGACUGAUUCAGGCCUAGCCAGUAGCCACAAUAACGCAGUUGCGGGAAAUCGUGUUAGAGACAUUUAUGUAGGACUGGAUGUCUGGGGGCGAGGCUGUCCUGGCGGAGGUGGAUUCCAGUCUGAAUAUGCAUUGCGAAAGAUAAGAGAACACGAUCUGUCUGUGGCCAUAUUCGCACCUGGAUGGACCCACGAAUAUUUUGGCCCAACAAUAUUUGUAGAUACCGAGAAUUUGUUUUGGGCCCAACUUUUCUCCUAUCUUUACAUCCACGUACCUCUAUACGAUAACGAGACAUUUAGAACAUCAUUUUGUCUGGGAGUUGGUUUAGCGAAUUAUCGUCCAGAUCAGUCUGCAAAUGAUUCUGAAGGUAAACCCUUCUUCAAUUUGAGUGUCCAGUCUCCUCAAAUAUCAACGCCUUCGCCGCACCUUGAAAUAUUAAACCAACCAGAAAUAACAGAGCCCAAGGUUGUGCCAGCGUCGAAUAUACUGAAUAAAAAUGAAACCGAGACUGCGGCAGGGCAGGCUGCAAGCACGGAAUCAGAUUUAAAAAAAAAAGUCGAGGACAUCGUGUACGAUACGAAGAAAAGCUUUGUAAAAGUACACGGCCAUUCCAUUGUUUUUACGGACAAAACUCUUGACUCUGAAUUGAAUUACUUCAAGUAUUGCAGCAGUUAUUCGUUCAAUGGUGGAGGGUGUCUGGAAAUAAUCACAAGUAACCCUCGCUUGUUUCAUAGGCUAUUUCUUAUUCAAGUCACUUCUUCACACGGCAUUCAAGUUAGCAUCGUCUACCGUAUGGAGACAUGCGGACAAGAUCAAUGUGAGCUGCUGCUCGUUGUAAGCAAUAAUGGGAAUUUAAAGCUGGUCAGUAAAUAUCAAACGGAGGAAUUGAACUAUGCUUGGAAAAAAAACUUGUACAUCACGAAUUUUGAUAGGAUUACUGAGAUUGGAGUAGCAGCAUCGAAGAAAGGACGAAUAACACUGGGAGAAAUUGUUGUCCAGGAUAAACAAGCUGGCUAUCGUGAUAACCAGGACUUGGGAACGUUGAUAUCUGACAUCAACUAUUAGGAAGUUAAAAAGAAAAGUGACAGUGACCUAUUGAAGUUUUUGUUGAUUGCCUUACAAUAGACUCAACCGUACGGUGAUAUUAAACGCUUCAACUCGAAUGCCCGGCUGUCUUUUAAUCCAAGCAAAAUUAGGUCAGCAGAUGUUGUUUGACUAAUAAACUAUCUCCUGCAAACAAUUUUAAUUGACUAUUGUUAUAUACAAAAGUUUUGUAAAACAAUUCAUAUUAAAGAGAGUAAAAAAAUUUGAGGGACUCGACUUUAUAAUACAUGUCUUUUGAUUAUACAAUGAAAAGAUAAUUUAAAAUCUGCUAUUUUGUGCAUAAUACAAUAUUUGUAAAUAAGUCAAAUAAAA